GAGUCGAUCCGAUCCGGCACAAACAUUUACUCUUCAAGAUCUCUCAAGUGAGACUCGCAAAAAGACAAAGCUUUGGGACCACAGUGAGAUACCUUCUGAGACAUGGUGUCUGCAGGAUUACAAAUCUUGGGCAUUGCCCUUGCCCUGAUUGGCUGGAUUGGAGCCAUCAUUACCUGCGCUCUCCCCCAAUGGAAGGUGACAGCGUUCGUCGGCAACAACAUCAUCACGGCUCAGACCACAUGGCAGGGAAUCUGGAUGGAGUGUGUGGUCCAGAGCACAGGCCAGAUGCAGUGCAAGGUUUAUGACUCCAUGCUGGCUCUUGACAGUAAUCUCCAAGCAGCCCGCGCCCUCACCAUCAUCUCCAUUCUCAUUGGCAUUCUUGCCCUCCUUAUAGCCAUCGCAGGGGGCAAGUGCACCAACUGCGUGGAGGAUGAGAGCUCCAAAGCCAAGAUCUGCAUUGCAGCCGGCACCAUUUUCAUCAUUGCUGGUGUUCUGUGCCUUGUGCCUGUUUCCUGGACAGCAAACACCGUCGUAAGAGACUUUUACAACCCAAUGAUGGUCAGUUCAAUGAAAAGGGAGCUGGGAGCAUCACUUUUUAUCGGGAUUCAGAUUGCCGGCAUAACUGUAGCAGCAAUCGGCUGGCUUCUGGAUGUAGUGGUGUGUGGCUUACCCAUGUGGAAGGUGACUGCCUUCAUCGGAGCCAACAUCAUCACAGCUCAGACCAUUUGGCAGGGCAUGUGGAUGAACUGUGUGGUGCAAAGUACUGGCCAGAUGCAGUGCAAGGUGUAUGACUCUAUGCUGGCCCUGCCACAGGACCUGCAGGCGGCUCGCGCCAUGAUCAUCAUUUCCAUCUUGUUGGGGAUCUUUGGUGUGCUUGUGUCCAUUGUUGGCGGAAAGUGUACCAACUGCAUUGAGGAUGAGCAAUCUAAAUCAAAAGUCUGUAUCAUUUCUGGGGUUUUGUGCAUCCUCUCCGGGCUGCUCUGUGUCAUUCCAGUCUCCUGGUCCGCCAGUACCAUCGUCAGCGACUUCUACAACCCGAUGCUGCCGAACAGCAUGAGAUAUGAGAUAGGUGCGGCACUGUACAUCGGCUGGGCAGCUGCGGUGCUGCUCAUGCUGGGAGGGGGGCUACUGUGCUGGAACUGCCCCCCAAAAGACGAAGACCUGCACCACGUACCCAAAUCUGGAUUCAUCCCUGUGAAGACAGCUUCCACGUCCAGAGAAUAUGUAUAAGAUGUCCCUUCUUAGCAUGGACUAAAUAGCAUAAGACAGCUCACAUGUCAACUCAUAUUUAUUGUACUAAUGAACCCACAAAGGUUGUAAAUAUUGUGCAAAUUCUCAGCUCUUGAUGUGCUGAAUGAGGAUGUUUGAUUGUAAUUUGUGCCUGUGGGAAACACCACAGCAGAAAUCUAAACACGUAAAACUGAAGGCAUAAAUGAUGACUGCAUGCCAUGUUAUUUUUACCAGUAGUGAAACUCACUUUAUUGGCUACUGUGGGCUGCAUAUUAUGGUAUUGACUUUCGAGAUGAUUUAUUUACGUAAUUCAAGAAAUUCUUGCCUUAUUCUUUUUAAAUAUUAUUUAGAGGAGAUUUGAUUAUUUAAUUCAGUUUCAGUGUGCUCAUCAAUCUGUGCAGAUAUUUACUCUAUUUAAUAUAUUUUAAAUAAUGCAGCAAUUAUGCACCUUAAUAGCAGAGACAGAUCUGUGUAAAUAAGAGCUUUAUCUUUAUCAGUUUGUUUAGCAAAUGUUCAUUUCUUUUUUUUUCAAAGCUUGGAAAAUAAGUCCUACAAUCCUUUAAAACCUUUUGUUUUGUGUUUGUAAAAUGUAGAAAAAAACUAUAUUAAAACUGGAAUAUUACUUUUCAAUUGGGUCUACAAAUAAUAAUGUGAAUCUGAUAGUGAAGAAUAACAAAGAACAAAAUAUAAUUUAAGGAUAAGAAUAUGUUUUAAGUUGUUUCCUGGUUGGAAACUUUUGGGUUAGACGUCUUGUUCAUGCAAGCGUUUGGCUGUUAACACUUUUCAGAGUUUUAAACUUCAAUAUGAAUUAAAUAAUGUUCUUUAAACAUUUGACAACUUGUUUAAGCAACUUAAAUUUUAUUAGACACUUGAAUUUUCACUUUCUGUGCUGCAAAACUUGGAAGUAAACUGAAAUAAUGUAAGUGA